AUGACACCCCCCACACCCACAACCGCAAAACGCCUCCUCAUCUUCCAAAAAACCAAAGACCCAACAAACACAUAUGGUACCACCUUCAAGCUCGUCAAUGUGUCAGGCCUACCAAUUUCCGGUCCUAUACCGCCGAUGUCUUCGAUGUUGGAAUUGCCUUUACGUCUGUUGAAAGCACUUACAGACCUUUUGGGUCUUGUUAGGUUUAAGGGGUGGGCCCUCCUCGGCGCAGCACCAUACAACGAUAUAUCAGAAGAGGGUAAAUUCUUCGCUGCUAUCGUGGAGCAGAUUCGUGAACCUGUACCUGAGAGAAAAUAA